AUGCCUAUUCAGCGUCUGCUGUACUACAGCACACUGUACUACAGUGUGAAUAAUUUGCUUAUAAUAUACAUAAUACAGAGUGUGUUGUUUACAUUCAACACUAUUGAUUUACAUGAAGCAGCCAAUAAAAUGAAAGAUACACUAAAUAUUCUGUCAGAAUGCCGAGAAAAUGUUUCUACUUGGUUUACAGAAAUUUAUAAAUCGUCUGAGAAAAUGGCUAAAACUCAAAAAGUUGAUUUAAAAAUUCCAAGGAAUUGUUCAAGACAAACGAAUCGUGCAUAUUAUCCAACAAAUAAUACAGAAGAAUAUUAUAAAUUAGCCAUAUUUAUUCCAUUAUUAUAUAAUGUCAUUAAUGAUUUAAAAGCACGUUUUUCAGAAAAAACACUAGAGUGCUUCAAUCUUUCAUAA